AUGAAAUGGCGUCGUUCAAUAUUUCUGCAGAACAGGUAUCCUUUUGGAUUGCAAAAAGAAAGGAAUCCAGUGGGAUUUCGGUCACUGCACAAAUUGGUGGAUGACUCGAUGUUUCGAUUAUCAAUACUGAUUGGUAACUAUAUUUCCUACUUCUGCGUCCUCAUGGAUUUUACGAAAUACGUCAACAAAUACUCGUCGGAAAACAAAAUGAACAUGGUAAUCAAUGGACUCCUCAUUGAAGAAAUUUACUGUUUCGAUCUUUUGUUCAUGAUCGACAUUGUUAUAGCUUACUGCAUACAGAAAUCUGGCGUUGUUAUUAGGCAUCGAGCAGUUAUGUGCCUCGACUUCAUAUCGUUAAUACCGAUUGAGAGUAUUUACAUCAUAUACUUAGGACAGAACAUCAAAGUAUACUAUGGGUUUCGGUUGCGCUACAUCUUGAGAUGCGCUCGGUAUAUAGUGCCGUAUUUCAAACUGAAAUUUAAACGACACACCGUCCAUAAGAUGCUGUUCAGAUUGAUAAUGAUAAUUUCAUUUUUGAUGAUUACUGGUGCUUGCAUGAAAAUUACAAUAAUGUGUAAGAAGUACCCCCAAGAAUUGAAGUAUAUGAAUUGCUCAAAACUAGACUUCUUUGAUUAUACUUUAAGUUAUUACAUGACUUUUGGGCCUGUUUCUUACGCGGAGGUGAUGAUAACAGGCACUCGUUUCGGAAUGACUACGUUUUUCGGUAGCGCCUAUUUGUUCUUAAUGUACGUCAUAAUGGAACUAUGCAGGUGGAGACUGAUUUGCAACUAUAUAGUUCAAAUCAGCGACAAGUACGAGUUUGUGAUCUCCUGCGAUUUAGCGCAGAAUCAGGUGAGGAAAUUGAGGAGUCGCCUGAUAUCAGAAUUGAAAUGGACGUACAAGGAUGAAUUGUACUUGGACUAUCUUAGAUCUUGCCUCACCACCUUCUGGAAGCAAGAUCAUAUCAGGACAGACAGAAGUGACAUUCGCGGAUACGCAGUAGCAACGAUGCCUGAGACCAUCCACACUGAAAUCAAAUUGGAUUUAACAUGGAAUAUGUUGAAGCAUUCAAUAUUCUUUCGAAAUGAGCCAGUUAACGUGCUCAGGUAUCUUUCAAAAUUUGUUAGGUAUAAAUAUAGGAUGACUGGUGAUACUAUUUACAUCAGGGGGCAAUUUAAAACUUGUAUGGUUUAUGUAACUACCGGAAUUAUUGGCGUUUUGUCGGAAGAAAACGGCGAAAGAAAUUUGAUUUCUUUAUCAUCUGGAACCUGUUUGGGUGAGCUUUCAUUAUUUUAUAAUGUUCCUGCAAAGACGACGGUUAUUUGCACCACAUACUGCGAGAUACUGACCAUAUCCAAUAACAAAUUCAUCCAGUUUAAAUAUACUUAUCCGGCUGUUUAUGAAAAGUUGAGAAAGAUGUCCAGAGAGAGGAUAGAAUUGGCUAAGAAUUAUGUGAAGAUAAGGAAGAAAUUCAAGGAUAAUUGUGGAUGGAAAAUUAAUGAUCCUAGUUUAAGAUAUAUAAAACAGAUUUUACGUAUGAACAAUGAUGUUGAAGAUAUGUUCACCAUCGGACACGAACGGCAAAAACAUUGGUUCAAGGACGUAGCAUUUUGUCCGUCGUUCUUAACAAUGUACGUGAUGGCGGACAAAUUGGGCGAGAACUUGACCAGGCACUUCGUUAGAACAGGGCUAUUUUUCAAAAUCAAUCCAAAUUCGACGCUUCUCAAGAUGUGGUACUGUUUGCUCCACGUACUCAUCAUGUUCACAUGUAUAGUAUGUCCGGUAGGCGCAGCCAUGGACAUCAGCGACUUUUCCCAAAUCUACGACUUCUUCAUGCAGUUCGUCACGUUCGUGUAUAUUUUGGAUUUGAUUUCCAUAGCUUUCAUCGCGGUAGUCGACAAGGAUGGAAUGCAUACCGACUUUGAUUAUAUCUUCCAUCUCAAGAUGCACAGCUCCCAAUUUCUGGUUGACUUGAUCUCAUCGUUACCGUUAGAGUUAGCGGUUAACAUACUGCAGGGUCCUCUGGAAAAGAAAAUAUACAGGAUGCUCCAACUGAAUCGCCUACUGAAGAUUCAGCAACUUGUAGUCUACUUUAGAAAUCGACAAGUGUUCACCUCGUGGUACAUGCUGUUUGAAUCGCUCGUAAAGAUGAUUGUUUCCCUGAUAUUGCUGAUCCUCAUCGGCUUCUACGUCUGCAUCUAUAACGAUAUAUUUAAGUUUACCUCAGUAAACUCUAUUGGUGGAUAUUUCGGAUUUAUGAUGGCUCUCAGCUUCAUUUACACUUUCUACUUCUCCACUGGUUUGAUGUCGAUUUCGUACUCGCGCGCAAUUAACUUUAUUCCCUUGAUUGGUCUACAGUUUGUAGCGUUCAUAUGGAAGUUAACAAUAAUACCGCAGGUGAUAGCUUCGUUCGGUCUUAAUUACACAACCACAGUCGGUUACGAGAAUUUAGUUGAUGACAUCCGGAAGGUGAUGUACUUGUACGAGUUCGAAUUGAACGAGAGAAAAAAGAUAUGGAAACUGCUUCACAUGAACUACGUAUUCCAGAAAGGCUUGUACUUGAUUAAAUUCGAGUCGGUGAAGAAGUUCAUCGGACUAUCCUUAUACAAGCGCCAAGCGGCGAUGCUCUACACCAGAUACUUCAUGAAGGAGAAAUUGUUCGCGCAUUUGUCAGAAGAAUUAAUCAAAGACAUGAAUGAGAUUUGCAAAGUCAUUCUGAUGCCCAAAGAACAGAUUGUCGCCUACGCCGGUUCUUUUACCAACGAAUUUUACAUAAUAAUCAGAGGGUCAGUUGGAUUAUUCAAUUCUUCGGGUAAAUUAAUGAAGACGCUUACGAUCGGAGAUUCUUUCCUUUUAAUAGAAUCGCUGAGUAAAGCCAAAGGUGUAUACAAUAUCAUAACGUUGACGGAUUGCAAGUUGCUGUACUUGCCCACGCAUUGGAUGAUGAGGAAAUUUCUUAAAUAUCCCAAUGAGUACGCCACUUUGACAAACACGAUCAAGCAAACAUUAGAUAUCAAAUUGUUGGGACAUCUACAGCAAAUAGAAAUAUCUUCGAAUAAGCUACCUAGCCAAGAGGAUACCACGCAAUCUUUUAAGACAUUCAAAAAUCAGUAUCACAUUUUCAUAAUGGGAUUCGGAAAAAUGUCCGUGAUGAGUUGGUUCUUCUUCAAGUUCACAAUCUACCCGAACGGGAAAUUCUGGUUUUACUGGGAAAUCUUCCACUUGGUUUUCGCCUAUAUAACAGCCUUCAUUGGAUUUUUACCGCUUACAGCUUACAACAGCUUUACAUCGCCGUGGUUCUUCAUCUUCAGAAUAUUCGAUUUAGUUGCUAUAGCAGACAUAUUUAUGCAACACUACGUAAUAUUUUACAAUCGGAUAAAAAUUGAGGUAUCACAUCCUUGGCGUACCUCCAUAAACUACUGGUCCACGAACUUCAUCAUUGAUCUUAUUGCGUCGAUUCCGUACGAUCUGAUCCUGAUGAACAGCAUCGAAACAGUCACUGCGGUUCAGAAAAUAAUCAUGUUCAGAUCAAACCGUUUGAUCCAUCUCUACAGAUUCCUUGGAUUCUACAAGUACUGCAAUCAAACGUACAUGACCGAUCUGAAGGUGAUCAUCGUUCUCAACUUUAUUUUAACCAUUUUGAUGUUGUUCAACAUACUAUUCUCCACCAUAUUUUUUGGUCCGUGCACCUUCGAUUUGGACAACAUUACAUUGACGUGCGGUGAUCUCACAUUGAAUGCCUGGGAUGUUUACUGCAACUACCUCUAUAAAUUUAUGAAGUGCAUAUUCAACAGUGGAUUUUUUGACCAGAAGAUUGAAUCUGAAAUGGUGCCCAAUUUCUGUCUUGUCAACGUAUUCGGAUUGAUUUAUGUAACAAUUUUCGUUUGCAUCAUGACUGGAACGAAUCUGUUUAGGAAUUCGCAUCUGACUACUUUCCAGAUUCGCAUGCAACGGCUUGUAAACUAUAUGAAUCUGCGACGGUUGGACAAACAAUUGAGGAAUGAGAUUAUUAAGCAUUACGAACAUCUUUGGCUUCUGCACGAGGGAAAGUCUUUGGACAGCGUAUUUCAAUACUUCAACGAUACCAUCUAUCAAGACUUGUUUUUCUCUCAGUACGCGCCUAUUUUAAAAAAUACUUUUCUGUUCAGAGAUGUCGAGCAUGGCGUGCUGAAAGAACUGUUUUCUUACCAAGAGUUAUCGAGGGACCUGUUUUUAAUACGUGGUAUUAUUAUAAAGGUGAAUAACAUCCAGAACAAGAUGCACAUCAUACUCAAAGGCCACGUUGAAGUUUUGGGUCCGGACUGCACGCGCAUGCAAGUGUUGGGAGUUGGCAGCGUCUUCGGAUGUUUGGAUAACGUUAAAAACCACCGUUCUACGUUGACUUACGUCGCUAAAACACACUGCGAACUAUUGACCAUUGCCACAAUGAAAUUUUAUGCGAUCUGCGCGAAAUACUCGGACUUCUAUAAUCACUUUCGAUAUUUGGUGCGGCGUUCAAAUAUUGACUAUAUAAAAUCCGGGGAUAGCGACAAGGUUUUAGAGAUUGUGACCACUAGUAAAUCCAUGAUUACGAAGAGCAAACGCUAUUUAGCGGCGUUUAAUUUUCUGUUCAAAGUUAGGAAACGUAGUAAAUCAUUUGAAAUCGCAAUGGUUAUAUAUUGCCUCGCGUCAUUCUACAUCGAAUGUUACCAGAAAAUAGUGUUCGAUUAUUCCUAUCAAAUGGUAAUAAUAUGCUACUUCCUCGAUCUGAUUACUUGGUUUAAAAUUUACAAAAAAUUCCUCACAUCAUUCGAAAAUAUUUACGGCCUGCAAGUGUAUAAAAGAAAAACUAUUGCUUUAAGAUACAUCAGAAAUUACACUGAAUUCUUACUGGACUUUGCCGGUGUGUUUCCGUUCGAAAUCAUAUCAUUGAUCUUUAACAGAGGGAAUAGUUUUUGGAUCAUCUGGAGUUAUGGAAGAGUUAAUCGUCUGCUAAAGAUCGUAACGGUUUUCCUAUUCGUAAGAUCCGUGAGGAAUCGAUUGCAUGUAAAUGUGACUUUGGUGAGAGGAGUUUGGAUCCUGUUGGUUAUAGUGACGUUUCAACAGCUCACCAUGAUGAUCAUCGUCAGAGACACGAUGAUCCAAGAAACCUGUGAAAACAGUCAUGUCUGCUUAUAUUUCAUGGCUAUUGUGCUUCAAAUUUAUAUAAUGUCGUCGGCUUUCAUUGCACCUUUUAUGUAUUCGAAUAACAAUGAGCAUCUGCACAAGUUGAUCGAAUAUUCGCUUUCGUACACUUUCAUUAUACUCGUGACUAAUGUCCUCUCGAUCUACGUAUUUUCUGAAGGCGUCUCCUCCUGCCAAGUACUCUACUUCAGUAAAUUCCGCUUCGACAAGUACAUUUCUCAAUUGUCCCAGGAUUUGGCUUCCAAAAAUAUUUCGCCUCCUCUUCGUCGAAGGGUGGUGAAUUACUUCAAGAACUUGGGUGAAGGCGGAUGGAACGUUCAGUUUCCAAGUUUCUUACGUGACGCUCCCUAUUACUUGAGAGAAGGCGUUCUGGAUUCAAUGUACGGGUUUCAUUUGCGAAAUCAUCCUGUAUUUAGACGAUGCCACGUCGACUUGGUCAGACAGAUUGCAUCCACAUUUACCACCCUGUAUUUCUUCGAUGGUGAUUUCAUCGCCAACAUCGGUGACAUUGACGGGAAGAUGUAUUUCAUACAUACCGGACAGCUUUUGGGUUUGUCCGAGGACACUUUAGAUUACGAGGUUGUCGAUAGACAUUUCGAGACUGGCGAACAUUUCGGAUUCGAGCAGCUUUUCCAACUUAACGUUGGCCACAAGUACAGUUACAAGGUUAUUUCCAAAUGUAUUAUUCUGGUGCUCUCUUCUAAAAAUGUCCUGCCUUUGUUGGAUUUCUUUCCAGCAUCUAAACAUAUGAUAUAUGAUAUGAUAUGA